CUCUCUUUCCAAGGGUUUCCUCUUUUGCAAUGAAAUUCAUCCGAUAAUUAAAAUGGGGAUAUUGUUUCUUUUUGAAGAUUAAUUAAGAAAAUGUUUUGAUCAAAAAGAAAAGAUUAAACCAACAAUCUUAUUAGAAAGAAUAACAAGAAGAAAAUAUGGAUCAUAUGGUGGUAGGAGGAUCAAAGGAGCUAAGUUUAGGAGAUUCAAACGAUUUCGAGAGGCAAUCGAACCUCUCACUUAGCGAUCGUCUUAAGGUCUUUAAAAGCUCUCAAUUCGAUCUUGACGCCUUCAUCAACUCAAAAUGCAGAAGAAUGGCCGAAAAGGAGUUAAAAUACUUGACAAUGUACUUAAAGGACUUAAAAAAGGCAUCAGCUGAGGAGAUGCGUAAGAGUGUAUAUGCUAAUUAUUCUGCUUUUAUACGAACGGCGAAGGAGAUAUCAGCACUUGAGGGUCAACUUCUAUCACUUCGUAACCUCUUAUCAGCUCAAGCAGCAGUUGUUCAUGGCUUAGCAGAUGGAGUCCAUGUUAACUCUUUGUCACCAGGUGUACAAGGUCCAUCAGAUGAAGAAUUGUCUAAUAAUAAAAAUAGCGAGGUUACCAAGAUUGAGACAUGGUUGAAUGAAUUCCUUGAGUCCCUAGAAGUGCUCCUAGCUGAGAGAAGGGUGGAGGAAGCAUUAGCAGCCCUAGACGAAGCAGAGAGAGUGGUAGAAGAUGCCAAUGACAGGGGAUCCCUGAAAACAACGAUGUUGAUAUCACUCCAAAAUGCCAUUACAGCAAGCAGACUGAAGUUAGCAGAUCAACUGGUGGAAACAGUUAGCCAGUCUUCCACCAAAGGUGCUGAAAGAAGAGCAGUUGUGUUGAUAAUUGUAAUGGCGCUUAAAAGACUAGGGGAUGGUCCGAGGGCUCAUUCAUUACUUUUGAAUGCACAUCACCAAAAGCUUCACCACACUAUACAAAUUCUGAAGCCUGCAGCAACUCUCAGUGUAAAUCCAGGGGCAGCAUAUUGUACUAGUCUCUCACAACUCGUAUUCUCUACUAUCGCUCAAGCUUCGAGUGAUUCUCUAGCUGUUUUUGGGGAGGACACUUCAUAUACAUCGGAGUUAGUGACUUGGGCAGUUAAGGAAACCGAGAAUUUAGGUGUUUUAGUAAGGAGGCAAUUGCUUACCCAGUCAGCUGCUUCAGGGAAUCUGAGAGCAGCUGCUCACUGUGUGCAGAUCUGUUUGGGACAUUGUGCAUUGCUUGAAUCUCAAGGACUUUCCCUCUCUCCUGUUCUGCUGAAAGAUUUUAAGCCACUUGUUGAGCAGGCGCUUAGUGCUAAUCUGAGAAGGAUCGAACAGAACUGCGCUGCCCUUGCUUCUUCUGACAACUGGUCUCUGACGCCUCCAUCAGGCGGGGGUGUGAGUCAAUCUAGGCUCAGUAGCAGUGCCAAUAGAUUUAAUUCUAUGGUCCAGGAUCUUUUCGAAGACGUGGAACCCCUAGAGACUCUACAACUGAGGACACCAUUGCUUGAAGGGUUAGUACAUGUGUUCCACUCCUACGUGAACACCCUAAUAAGCGCGUUCCCAGCAUCAGUAACUGAGGCGAUCCAAGAUGGUCUAGGACCUUCAAUUGUCAAGGUGGCCGAGACUGAAGCCCAACAGCUUGCUUUGCUAGCCAAUGCUCUCCUUUUAUCAGACGAGUUUCUCCCUCGUGCUGCUGCAAAGAUGUUGCCCUUCAAUCAAAUUAAUAGGAAUGAAGAACCUUCAAGAAAAGACAUAGAUCGACAACAUCGUGUAGCAGAGCAAAGAGACUGGAAGAAGAGGCUCCAAAAAUCUGUAGACAGGUUAAGAGAUAGCUUCUGCAGACAGCAUGCCCUUGAGCUGAUCUUUACUAAUGAUGGUGAACUUCGUCUUACAGCACACCUAUAUACUAGGUUGGAUGGUUAUGCUGAGGAGCCUGAGUGGUUCCCUUCUUCAAUUUUCCAGGAGCUUUACAUGAGAUUGAGUCAAAUAGCUGCACUAGCAUCGGAGAUAUUUGUAGGAAGAGAAAGGUUCGCGACAUUACUGCUAAUAAGAUUGACAGAGACAGUGAUUUUGUGGAUUUCUGAUGAUCAAACCUUUUGGGAAGAAAUCGAGCAGGGGACCAAGCCAUUGGGUCCUUAUGGCCUUCAGCAGUUUUACUUAGAUAUGGAGUUUGUGAUGCUGUUUGCAUCCCAAGGCCGUUUUUUGUCUCGAAAUCUCCAACAAGUAGCUAAAAACAUCAUUGCUAGAGCUAUCGACGCAGUUUCUGCUACUGGGAUUGAUCCUUACAGUUCUUUGCCAGAGGAUGAAUGGUUCGCUGAAGUAGCCCAGAUAGCAUUAAAGAUGCUAACAGGAAAGGCCAACUUUGGAAAUGAGGACCGCGAAGCUGUCAGCCCUGCAGCAUCAGCAUCUGGAAGGUCAUUAACAUCAGCCUUUUCUCAUGGAAGCCUCACGAGUAUGCAAUAGUAAUCAUCAGUUUUUUGCAAUUUGUAAGUAAAAUGGACAGAUUCCAAUUGUAAUUUUUCAAUACAAAACAUUACGUUUGUGAGUUCAAAUGUUAAGCAAUUUUGGAUCCUUACGAUAAUUAUAAUUCUACAA